CUAUCCCCACUGAAGGCCGCAUGCGUGAUUCUCUUCGCUUGCUCGGCCUUGUCGUCUCUGUUAUCUUCCAUCCUGGCAUUAGAACAUAAUUCCCACCCUGCCUUUCCUUAAGAUCCAGGGAAGAAUCAGACAAGCCAGUACAAAUAGCUUUACUGCUCGCUAAGCCGUACAUUGCCACUCGCAUCUCUGAGAAGUCGUGCUCGGAUGUCAAUAUACCACCCAUUUCCGCUCUAAAUAUCUCUAUGGGUAAUGGCGGCAGGCAAGAGCAUUCACAAAGACGAGGUCGAAAGCCCUGCGGGUACCAGCGAGACUCACCGCGACGUUGUACCGUCCAAGAAUAUAAUCGAGACACACAUUGACGAUAAGCCUGAGCCUCAGAAAGCCGACAGCUCUCCGGUCAUAGAAGGUAAAGAUGAGGAAGAUCGUGCUUCUUCGACUCACACGUCUCACGAGGAGCAAGAGGAGCCAGUUGUGGUACCCCGACUGGAGCGUAGGGGGCUCUUUGGGCAGCUCACCCUGCUGGCGGAGGUGGUAGACCCCAAAGUCUAUCCUCGGAAGACGAAAUGGUUCAUCACAUUCAUAGUUGCAGUGGCCGGGGCUGCAGCUCCCAUGGGCAGCUCGAUCUUCUUCCCCUCCUUGUCUCAGGUAUCAAAGGAACUAGGUACCUCGACUACCGUCACGAACCUGUCAAUCUCAUUGUACAUGCUUAGCAUGUCUAUCUUUCCACUGUGGUGGUCUUCUUUCAGCGAAAGGCUUGGGCGACGAACAAUAUAUCUUGUCUCUUUCACUCUCUUCGUCAUAUUCAACUCAUUGUGCGCCAUCUCUAGCUCAAUCGCUAUGCUCAUUGUCUUGCGACUCCUGAGUGGAGGUGCUUCUGCCUCGGUUCAAGCAGUUGGCGCAGGGACUAUUGCCGAUCUUUGGGAGCCACGGGAAAGAGGGCGUGCCAUGAACAUUUUCUAUCUGGGGCCGCUGUGCGGGCCAUUGAUAGCUCCCAUUGUUGGUGGUGCUCUAGCUGAGCGAUGGGGGUGGAGAAGUACCUUGUGGUUUUUGGCAGUUUGGGGAGCUAUCACUGUCAUCCUCAUCUUUCUUGCACUUCCUGAAACCCUGGCCGUCUCUGGUCAGGUAAGACAACUCAAGGAAGAACAAACAGAACCGAUAGAUCGUCAAUUGAGUCGUGUUUCAUCUCGGCAAGUCAUUCACGUUACAACCAAAUGGCUCAAGUAUCUCAAGAUGGUACUCUUGGAUCCUCUGAAGAUUAUUCUCUAUCUGCGGUAUCCCCCGGUUCUGCUCACGGUCUACUAUGCCAGCAUCACGUUCGGCUCUCUAUAUGUACUCAACGUUAGCGUUGAACACACGUUCGGAGGUAGCCCGUACAAUUUCACUACAAUCAUCGUCGGCUUGCUAUAUAUUCCAAACUCACUGGGUUACGUCGUGGCCAGUACCUUCGGGGGCCGUUGGAUGGAUAGCAUCAUGCAACGGGAGGCCAAGAAAGCCAAACGGUACGACGAAAAUGGCAAGCUUAUAUAUCAUCCUGAAGACCGCAUGCGCGAGAACGCCUGGCUUGGGGCUUUUCUUUACCCUGCUGGGCUGAUAUGGUAUGGCUGGUGUGCGGAUCGGGGCGUGUUUUGGCUGGCACCGAUGAUUGCGAACUUUUUCUUUGGUGUCGGCUCCAUGCUGAUAUUCGGUAUGGCAACGACGAUGUUGACCGAAUUCAUGCCCAAGAAAUCAUCUGCAGGAGUUGCACUCAACAAUUUCAUGCGCAACAUCUUCUCGUGUGUGGGCUCUGUGGUCACUGCGCCGAUCAUAGAUGCCAUCGGCAAUGGGUGGCUUUUCACCAUCCUUGGACUAGUCGCUUUCGCGAGCAGUUCUGUCCUCUUUGUGAUGAGGAUCUACGGACCCCGAUGGAGGAAAUCCAUGGACGCGCUCAGAAAAUGAAAUCUUAUAUAAGAAGGCUGUGAGCAUCUUUUAUACUCGACCAAGGGCUUUGGCAUUGCUUUGGGUAUCCAUGUCAAGAUCUUGGGCUUCUAUCGGCGCAGUCUGUUACACGGUGACAUGAGUAUCUGACGUCGACAGGAGGCUUUCCCGGGUAAAUAUCACAAUGCAUGCAUUCGAUUCUCGUUUUAAGUCCCUGCGUGAAGCUGAGUCUAGGCCCCAACCUCGGUGCCACAGAAAUGGUGAUCAAUCUGGCCGAGCACCACAGCAUAUUCCAGGAAACUUGCACAGCAUCAUGAUACCCGACGCAUGGUCAUGUUUAUUUUUAGAGUUAGUAAUGACGGCAUACAGAUGACUCAAUU